AUGUUUGCGUGUUUUCUUAAGUGCGCUUUGAGAGCCGUAAUGUGCAUUGUGGGAGGACGUCUUCUGUGGAGUGUGGCUGCAGAAUUAUCUGGAAGCUUCAUGAGAAGACUGCACAAUAGGUCUUUGCUUAAGGUACUUUCUGGGAAGUGGGCCAUCAUCACAGGGUGCACUGAUGGAAUUGGCUUGGGAAUAGCCAGAGAACUGGCUAACAACGGGAUUAAUCUGAUCCUAAUCAGCAGAUCACAAGAUAAACUGAAUGCUGUGAUGGAGGAGCUCUCUAAGAAGGUGAAAACAGAAAGUGUCAAACUCGAUUUUGAGCAGGAAAUUGACUUUGCAAAAUCACUCUCUCAAGUAAAGGCACAUACCCCGCAUAUUCUCAUAAAUAACGUGGGAGUGAAUGAAUCUGGACCUACUUCCUUUGUAGAGCACACAGAAGAAAGCAUUAGAAGAAUUCUCCAGGUCAAUGUCACGAACACAUUAAAACUUACGCAGGAGUACAUCUCAUGGGAUAAAGCACCAAGCGAAAAAAAGUACAUUCUUUCAACUGGCUCAAUGCUAGGACUAAUCCCAAGCCCAUUCCAGCAAGUAUACGCAGGAACAAAGGCCUUUUUACAGCUGUGGUCUGAGUCCAUAUCAACUGAGCUGCCUGGGUACCACACUGAAGUCUUUAUGACAGGCCUUGUGUGCUCAAAGCUCUCAGGAGCAAAAAAGCCUAGUGUUUUUGUUCCUGCAGCAGACACUUACGGCAGGUGCUGUGUGCAGUCAUUUGGGACAUGCACUGUAACAUAUCCUUAUUUCCCACAUGCCCUUCUUAAUAUACUCGUGAAUAUGCUUCCUCGGCAGGCAGUGUGCUUUGCCAUGGACAGAUUUGGAAGGCACAUACGAAAGAUCAAGCAAAAGGCAGCAAAGAAGAAAGUAUAA